AUGGCAGAACAAGAACCACAUCCACCACCAAACGAUCUAUGUUCAAUCUGCCACGGAACCUUCCAAAUCCCAUGUCAAGCAAAUUGUUCCCACUGGUUUUGCGCUAACUGUAUACUUCUCGUUUGGCGCCACACUUCCGGCAUUCAGCCCUGCAAAUGUCCGCUCUGUCGUCGACCGAUUAACCUCUUGGUUCCGACGAAUGACAUCAACAACGAUUCGCCGCAAAUUCUCUCGGAGAUUCAGAUUUAUAACCGGACUUUUGGUAGGCAAUCCGAUGCUCCUAUUUCUCAGAGGAUUCUUGAUCUUCCGUUCCUUUUGAGGAGGCUUUUUAGGGAUUUUGUUAACCCUAAUAACUCGCUUCCUCUUGUUAUCAGAGCUCGGGUUUUCCUUUCGAUGAUACUGAGUGUCAUAUACAUCUUCAGCCCGAUUGACAUCAUUCCAGAAGGAAUAUUGGGAGUGGUUGGACUCUUGGAUGAUGUUCUAAUUGCACUAAUCUUCUUCCUACAUAUUGCUACCCUCUAUAGAUCAGUUCUUUACAACCGUCAUGGGGGUGCAUGA